GCCGCCUGCUCCGCGCCGCCGCCGCGCCCCGUCUACACCAACCACUGGGCAGUGCAAGUGCUGGGCGGCCCCGGCGCUGCGGACCGCGUGGCCGCGGCGCACGGCUACCUCAACUUGGGCCAGAUUGGAAAUCUGGAUGAUUACUACCAUUUUUACCACAGCAAGACCUUUAAACGAUCGACUUUAAGCAGCAGAGGCCCACACACCUUCCUCAAAAUGGAUCCCCAGGUGAAAUGGCUCCAACAACAAGAAGUGAAACGCAGGGUGAAGAGACAAGUGCGAAGCGACUCUCAGGCCCUUUAUUUCAACGAUCCCAUUUGGUCUAGCAUGUGGUACAUGGUGAGUCGGCAUUGUGCCGACAAGACCAGUCGCUGCCGGUCAGAAAUGAAUGUCCAGGCAGCAUGGAAGCGGGGCUACACGGGAAAAAAUGUGGUGGUCACCAUCCUCGACGAUGGCAUAGAGAGAAAUCACCCAGACCUGGCCCCAAACUAUGAUUCCUAUGCAAGCUAUGAUGUCAACGGAAACGACUAUGACCCGUCUCCACGAUAUGACGCCAGUAAUGAAAAUAAACACGGCACUCGUUGUGCAGGAGAAGUGGCCGCUUCAGCCAACAACUCAUACUGCAUCGUGGGCAUAGCAUACAAUGCAAAAAUAGGAGGCAUCCGAAUGCUGGAUGGCGACGUGACAGAUGUUGUUGAGGCCAAGUCCCUGGGCAUCAGACCCAACUACAUUGACAUUUACAGUGCCAGCUGGGGACCGGAUGACGACGGGAAGACAGUGGACGGGCCUGGCCGACUGGCUAAACAGGCUUUCGAGUAUGGCAUUAAAAAGGGCCGGCAAGGUCUGGGCUCCAUUUUCGUCUGGGCCUCUGGAAAUGGUGGGAGAGAGGGGGACCACUGCUCUUGUGAUGGCUACACCAACAGCAUCUACACCAUCUCUGUGAGCAGCACCACUGAGAAUGGCCACAAGCCCUGGUACCUGGAGGAGUGUGCCUCUACCCUGGCCACCACCUACAGCAGCGGGGCCUUCUAUGAACGGAAGAUCGUCACCACUGAUCUGCGGCAGCGCUGCACUGAUGGCCAUACUGGGACCUCCGUCUCGGCCCCCAUGGUGGCAGGCAUCAUUGCCUUGGCCCUAGAAGCAAACAACCAGUUAACCUGGAGGGAUGUGCAGCACCUGCUAGUGAAGACAUCGCGGCCAGCCCACCUGAAGGCAAGCGACUGGAAAGUCAACGGCGCUGGGCAUAAAGUUAGCCAUCUGUAUGGAUUUGGUUUGGUGGAUGCCGAAGCUCUCGUUCUGGAGGCAAGGAAGUGGACAGCAGUACCAUCCCAGCACAUGUGCGUGGCCACUGCAGACAAGAGGCCCAGGAGCAUCCCUAUAGCACAGGUGCUUCGGACCACAGCUCUGACCAAUGCCUGUGCAGACCACUCAGACCAGCGUGUGGUUUACCUGGAACAUGUGGUGGUCCGAGUCUCCAUCUCACAUCCACGCCGGGGAGAUCUCCAGAUCCACCUGAUUUCUCCCUCAGGAACCAAGUCACAACUUUUGGCAAAGAGAUUGCUGGAUUUUUCUAAUGAGGGAUUUACAAACUGGGAAUUCAUGACCGUGCACUGCUGGGGAGAAAAGGCCGAGGGGGAAUGGACCUUGGAAAUCCAAGACCUGCCGUCCCAGGUCCGAAACCCGGAGAAACAAGGAAAGUUGAAAGAAUGGAACCUCAUUUUAUAUGGCACAGCGGAACACCCAUACCGUACCUUCAGCUCCCAUCAGUCUCGCUCACGGAUGCUGGAGCUGUCAGUCCUGGAGCUGGAGCCUUCUCCCAAGGCUGCUGGGUCACCAUCCCAGGCUGAGACUCCUGAGGAUGAGGAAGAUUACACAGCUCCUUCCAUCCAAGGCUCUCCUAAUACUUUACAGACCAGUGCGUGUCAUCCCGAGUGUGGUGACAAAGGCUGUGAUGGCCCCAAUGCAGACCAGUGCCUGAACUGUGUCCACUUCAGCCUGGGGAAUGCCAAGACCAGCAGGAAGUGUCUGAGCAUAUGUCCGUUGGGCUACUUUGGGGACACAGCAGCAAGACGCUGUCGUCGAUGCCACAAGGGGUGUGAGACCUGUAUGGGCAGGAGCCCAACACAGUGCCUGUCUUGUCGCCGUGGGUUCUAUCACCACCAGGAGACGAACACCUGUGUGACCCUUUGUCCUGCUGGACUUUAUGCUGAUGAAAGUCAGAGACACUGCCUUAAGUGCCACCCAAGCUGUAAAAAGUGUGUGGAUGAACCUGAGAAGUGCACUGUGUGUGAGGAAGGAUUCAGCCUUGCACGGGGCAGCUGCAUUCCAGACUGUGAACCAGGCACCUACUUUGAUUCUGAGCUGAUUAGAUGUGGAGAAUGCCAUCACACCUGCCAAACCUGCGUGGGACCCAGCAGAGAAGAAUGUAUUCACUGUGCAAAAAACUUCCACUUCCAAGACUGGAAAUGUGUGCCAGCCUGUGGUGAGGGCUUCUAUCCAGAGGAGAUGCCCGGAUUGCCCCACAAAGUGUGUCGAAGGUGCGAUGAGAACUGCUUGAGCUGUGAGGGCUCCAGCAGGAACUGCAGCAGAUGUAAGGCAGGCUUCACGCAGCUGGGGUCCUCCUGCAUCACUAACCAUACAUGCAGCAAUGCUGACGAGACCUUCUGUGAGAUGGUCAAAUCCAACCGGCUCUGUGAACGGAAGCUCUUCAUCCAGUUCUGCUGCCGUACAUGCCUCCUGGCCGGGUAGGGGCGCCAGCUGCCUGCAAAUGGACCCAUUUGUCCAUCCACCUUCCUUCAGAUGGUCAGCCAAAGCCUGUUCCAGGGGUGGCCCUGCAUCUGACAGCUGUAUCUCCCCAAGAGCCGGGUCCUGCUGCAGCAUCUCCGGGCACCCAAAUGAGGUGAAAGGUAGCCCUUAAGGACAUGUGUCUAAAAUUACACCCCCCCCCCAAUUCUGCUUGCUGGCUACAGUCUCCAGGCGAACUCAAAAUGGGAACAAAAUAAAAUUCUGAGACUCACAACUACAGCUUCAGAGCAGCUUCUGGGACCCUAGUUUACUGAAACUUCAAGACCAAAGCUGAAAGGAGAGAUGUUUGGCAGCACAUAAGGUCCUCCUCCCAUGCAUUGUGUGACCGUGGUCAGUCUCAUUGAGCUGGCUGGCAGGACCCUGUGCUGUCCUCACCCAUGAUGAAGGGCCCAGCCACCUCGCUGUGCAUCACCUACCAUCAAACAGCCUGGAGGAUCAUUUAGUUAGACUGUAAAUAAAAUAGGUUUCAGGACAUAAGAUGUAUGACCACUGGGAAUAGAAUCUAUUUCUAUGUAGUCAGCUCCUUCUGAAACUGCAGCCACCUCCUAGAAAGUCCAGCACCAAACUGAAGAGACCCGCCCUCUCUGCAGCAUUCUGCUCUGAGUCAGCUGCACUGUCCUCGUGACUGUGUUCUACCUGUGUCUCUAGGGCCUCCUGGGCCUGAGCCGGCACCUCCAUGGAUGCAGAGCCUACAGCAGAGGGUCCCAAGGAGGCAUUUGGAGCCAGAAGACACCUGAUGGCCGAGUAAUUCCUCCUUACAACAUGCAAAGCCAGCCCCUGAAUCGAUAAUCACCUGGCCCUUCACACUACAAAACUGCUUUUCAAGAGCAUUUGGCCUCUGCUGUCAGGAGUCCUGUUCUCAGGGUGGACGCUCCUAUGGCCAAGUAUAGUAUGAGCCUACUUGAUACAGCUGGAUUUAUUUCUGCCAAACCUGUGUAGGCAUUUUAUAAGCUAUGUGUUCUAAUUUUUACCGAUGUUAAUUAUUUUGACAAAUAUUUCAUAUAUUUUCAUUGAAAUGCACAGAUCUGCUUGAUCAGUUCCCUUUAAUAUGGGAAUAACAUUUGCCUUAAAUUUUUUCAACCUCGUCUCUCUCCAUAUUGUCCUGUUCUCCUCUGAUUGUGUCUGCCUUGUCACCUGUGAGUGGCCAGGACCCAGCUGUUGUCUGUUAAAUCUACAACUCUGAAACAUCAGUGAAGCAAGUCCAAUGUUAACCCUAAGUUAAUAAAAGAGUUAACAUCCCAUUGCAAA